CAGCUGUUCUGCAAAACAAGAAAUUGGGGACUUUUUUCCACUGGGUUUCAAGCUUUAUGCCUGACUGAUGAAUGAAGGAUGCAGUAAAAAAUAAGGAUUUUAGGCAACAACAGCAACAGAAAGGUGCAAGACAGCAAGGAAAUAUGCUCCAGUUUUUCAGAGAUGUGCUUUUCCUUCUGGACCUCAGACCUUUCUAUAGCUUAGGGCAAAUUUCCAGUGCCACAGCUGUGGAGCAUCCGAGCAGCCUCCUAUAAGAAGGCAUGGGUAAUCAUUUUAUAGAUAAAUACAAAGCAAAGGACACAUGCCUCCUUCUGCCAUGAGGCCAGCACAUGCCAGAGGAAGGAAACAAAACCUUGGGUCCUUACUGCUAGAAACUGAUGGACUGGUCCUCAGAAUUGGCUUUCCUCAAUUGUCAACAUCAAAAAGAAAUGCAGUGCCAGUGGAUGAAAGAGCAGUUCAUAGAACUGAGUUGGAAGGAACCCUUAAAGGCCAUCUAGCCCAACUCCUCUGCAAUGAACAGGGACACCUACGGUUCCAUCGAGGUGCUCGGAGCAUGCUCCAGUCAGAUCUUUAGUGUCUCCAGGGAAAGGGGCAUUCCUCUUGUUGUCAUCUUUCUCCUCCACAUCUUGAACCAGCAAUUCUAUAUUUUGGUACUGGUAACACUGACCCUGUCAGGAAGGAUUUUUUCUUGCUUUUCCUUAUAUCUUAACUGCAGGCAGUGCCUUCUGACAGUAGAUAUUAACCUGUUGGACAUUACUUCCCUUAACACAGCCUAGUGUGGGAACAGCAUUACCUCAAAGAAAGUGAUAAUUUCACACACCUGCAAGACGUAGACAGUUCCUAAGGGAAAAGGUCAGGAAGAAAAACAGUGCUAAAGGUAACAUUUUCCUUUCAACCUCUGCAGACCAACUUGAACAAUGUUACCCAAGAACAUCCAGAACACCUGGACAGCGGGGAAGUUUCUGGCGAAGGUAGCUGGGAUGCAACUAUUGCAAUCAGGAAGACAAGGCAAUCAGUUUUGUGUGAGCUUUCCUUCAGGGACGUGACAAAAGAAGUGCAUUGGGAAGUGCCACCCCUGAUUUUUGUUCAGCAGACAUCCUUCAUCGCUUCUCUCUACAGUGCAGUCAACCCAAAGCCCACUGAAAAAAAAAAAAAAAAAAAAAAGCAUACCCAAAGAAACUAAAAAAGGCAAGAAUAAGCAAAGAAAUGGCAGCAGCUGCUCAGAGGCACCCACAGGGCUUAGCCAUCACGAGCAGGGGGGCCCCUCGCUGCCCACCCACAACCCCCGGCCGGGGGCGGGCUCGAACCCUCUGUCCCUGCACUUGCCGGCCGGCUGCCAGCCUGUACGGAGGGAGGCGGCCCUGCGCUCCGACCGCGGCUGCAGGAGCUGCAGGAACUAUUGAAGCUGGACCUGACAAUGUGCAGUCUGAAAUGCUGCAGCUUAAGAGCAUUUCUUCUGUUGGUUCUGUGUAGGUCAUUGCAGAUUUCUGAAGCUGAAGGAAAAGGUGAAAUCCUUCCCCCAACCAUACAAAAUAUAAUAAAAGGAUACAACAAAUAUCUACGUCCAUUUUUUGACAAUGGUCCUGUGUCUGUUGGAAUGAGUCUGGAUAUUGCAAGCAUUGAUACGAUAUCAGAAAUAAACAUGGAUUAUACAGCGACCAUAUUUCUGAGGCAACGGUGGACUGAUGAGAGGCUUUGUUUUGAUGGCAAUAAGAGUUUAAGUUUAGAUGGUCGGCUUGUGGAAAUGCUCUGGGUCCCGGAUACCUUCAUAGUUGAUUCAAAAAAGUCUUUUCUUCAUGAUAUCACUGUUGACAAUCGUCUGAUAAGAAUAUACCCUAAUGGAACAGUCUUGUAUGCUAUACGGAUCACCACAACUGUUGCAUGCAGCAUGGACCUGACCAAAUACCCAAUGGAUAAGCAGACGUGUACCUUGCAACUGGAAAGCUGGGGUUACAACAUCAACGAUGUCAUGUUUUACUGGACUAGAGGAAAUGAUUCUGUUCGUGGAUUGGACACGCUCCAGCUGGCACAAUAUACAGUGGAAGACCACUUCACCUCGGUAUCUGAAGCAGUAUAUGAAACAGGACGCUACCCCAAGUUAGUGUUUCACUUUGAGCUCAAGAGAAACAUCUUGUAUUUUAUACUAGAGACAUACGUGCCAUCAAUUCUCUUGGUUGUGCUUUCCUGGGUAUCAUUUUGGAUAAGCCAGUCAUCAGUUCCAGCCAGAAUUUGCAUAGGUGUUACCACAGUCCUCACUAUGACAACUCUGAUGAUGGGAGCCAGGACUUCACUCCCAAAAACCAAUUGCUUUAUUAAGGCAAUUGAUGUGUACCUCGGCAUCUGUUUCAGUUUCAUUUUUGGAGCACUGUUGGAGUAUGCCGUGGCUCAUUUCUGCGCUCUGCAUCAACCCAGUUCAAAGGAAAUUCCAAAGGAUGAGGAUGAAGGGACUGAAGAAGAAAGGAAUGGAGUUCUGGCAGCAGUUGCUAACAGUUGCAGUGCUUCUGACAACAUGAACAAAAUUGGUUCAGACAAGGGCAGCAAAACCAGCAUCAGUGGCAAAAAGGAGAGAAAUAAGCACAGUGGGUGUAGUUCACCAAUGUCCAUUAUGAAAAGUCUUUUCUGUAUCUUUGAUUGUUUCCAUGUUAAAAAUCCUUACCACAUAGACAACUAUGCCAGAUUUUCUUUCCCAUUAUCAUUCAUCAUAAUUAAUGUUUUUUAUUGGGUAUAUUAUUUGUAUUUCUAAAUCUUUUGAGGUGUAAAACUGUCACGGCUCAACAUCUAGAAAGGAGAUACAGUUGGUGAAGUUACAGAAGAAGGAGAAAGCUGCCUUAGGGAAGAGGGAUAUGAGUGGACAUGCUCUUUUUACAAGCUUUUAUGCCAAGACUCGUUAGUUCUCUUUUCUGCUAUUAAAUGACUCUCAUCUGAAAUUGGAUUUCCUUUUAGCAUGCAUGUCCCAUGUUACACUAUUUGUCAAUAGCCACAAAGUCCUUUUUUGAUAUUCUAAUGGCCAAAAUUUGUAAAAUAAAAGUUAUACUAUGUUUGUUUCUGAAUUGUAUUGGAAAUAUUUAAAAAUAAAGAUAAUGCAGUGUAAUUUUCCUACUGUA